CAACUCAUCCUUUCUCUAUCUACACUUAACUAAAAAAAUCAAUUUCUCACUCUAUCUCUCUCUUCAGAAAACCACAUAAAAAGGGUAGAAAGUGCAUAUAUUUUUGCUCAAGCAUCUCUUUUGUGGGUCUCUUCUGUGUGUAUCAAUGGAUGAGAAAGGAAGAAGUUUCAAGAACAACAACAUGGGAGACGAAAUGGAACUGAAGAGAGGUCCAUGGACUGCAGAAGAAGAUCUUAAGCUCACCAAUUACAUUGCUACUCAUGGAGAAGGUCGAUGGAACUCUCUUUCUCGUUGUGCAGGACUCCAACGCACCGGUAAAAGCUGUAGACUACGGUGGCUUAACUAUCUCCGCCCUGACGUACGCCGUGGAAACAUAACCCUAGAGGAACAAAUUCUGAUCCUCGAACUUCAUUCCCGUUGGGGCAAUCGAUGGUCAAAAAUCGCACAAUAUCUACCAGGAAGAACAGAUAAUGAGAUCAAGAACUACUGGAGAACACGAGUGCAAAAACAUGCAAAGCAGCUUAAAUGCGAUGUCAACAGCCAACAAUUCAAAGACACAAUGAAGUAUCUAUGGAUGCCUCGGCUUGUCGAGAGGAUCCAAUCCACGUCGGCCGCAUCAGUAACCACGACCACAGGAUCAGCCACCACGUCAUCUUGCAUCACAACCCCUAACAAUCAAUUCAUGACAUAUGAUUACAACAGUAUGGGACAACGACAUGAUGCAACGCCCGAAAACUCCAGCGUUGCAGUGUCUCGGGUGUCAGACUUGACGGAGUACUACAUCACUCCGAACCCGAACCCGGAAUACUAUUCGGGUCAAGGGGAGAAUAGUUAUUACCCGGAUAAGAAUUUGGUAGGUCCAGAAAUGUUACUGGAUAAUUAUUCUGAUUAUGCUGGAUUACUAGAAGAACAUUUAACAGCUAUGCAGGAGAGUAACCUCGACUGGUUUGAAAAUAUCGAUGGGACUGUUUCUUCUUCUUCAGACACUUUAUGGAACAUCGGAGAAAGUGAUGAAGACUUAUGGUUUUGUCAGCAGCAACAACAGCUCAACAACAACGACAACUUCUGA